UUUAAAAAAGAAACCCCAAUGCAAACUGAAACAACCAUGUCUGGAGAAGUGCGUUUGAAGCAGUUGGAGCAGUUUAUUUUGGAUGGGCCAACUCAGACUAAUGGGCAAUGCUUCAGCGUGGAAACCUUGCUGGAUAUACUCAUCUGCCUUUAUGAUGAAUGUAAUAAUUCCCCUCUGAGAAGAGAGAAGAACAUCCUUGAGUAUCUAGAGUGGGCCAAACCUUUUACAUCUAAAGUGAAACAGAUGCGACUACAUAAAGAAGAUUUUGAAAUCCUGAAGGUGAUUGGUCGAGGAGCCUUUGGAGAGGUUGCGGUAGUGAAACUGAAGAAUGCAGAUAAGGUUUUUGCCAUGAAGAUACUUAAUAAGUGGGAGAUGCUGAAGAGAGCUGAAACAGCCUGUUUUCGAGAAGAGAGAGAUGUGUUAGUGAAUGGAGAUAACCAGUGGAUCACAACAUUACAUUAUGCAUUCCAGGAUGAAAACUAUUUAUACCUGGUUAUGGAUUACUAUGUUGGAGGAGACCUGCUUACGUUGCUCAGCAAGUUUGAGGACAGACUACCUGAAGAUAUGGCGCGUUUUUAUUUGGCUGAAAUGGUGAUAGCUAUUGAUUCAGUUCAUCAGUUACAUUAUGUUCACAGGGAUAUUAAACCAGACAACAUUUUGAUGGAUAUGAAUGGACAUAUUCGAUUAGCAGAUUUUGGUUCUUGUCUGAAACUGAUGGAAGAUGGAACGGUCCAAUCUUCAGUGGCAGUUGGAACACCAGACUACAUCUCUCCAGAAAUCUUGCAGGCCAUGGAAGAUGGAAAAGGGAAGUAUGGGCCCGAGUGUGACUGGUGGUCCCUAGGCGUUUGCAUGUAUGAAAUGCUUUAUGGAGAAACGCCCUUUUAUGCUGAGUCCUUGGUGGAGACCUAUGGGAAAAUAAUGAACCACAAAGAGAGGUUUCAGUUUCCUGCUCAAGUGACAGAUGUCUCUGAAAGUGCAAAGGACCUCAUCCGAAGGCUCAUUUGUAGCAGAGAGCAUCGACUUGGACAAAAUGGGAUAGAAGACUUCAAGAACCAUCCAUUUUUUGCUGGGAUUGAUUGGGACAACAUUAGAAACUGUGAGGCACCCUACAUCCCAGAAGUCAGCAGCCCCACUGAUACAUCAAACUUUGAUGUGGAUGAUGAUUGCUUAAAAAAUUCUGAAACAAUGCCUCCACCGUCACACACUGCAUUUUCUGGCCAUCAUUUACCAUUUGUGGGUUUCACAUAUACGAGUAGCUGUGUGCUUUCAGACCGCAGCUGUCUAAGACUGACAGCUGGACCGCCCUCCAUGGAUCUUGAUGCCAGCAUUCAAAGAACUUUGGAGGAUAGUUUAGCAACAGAAGCUUAUGAGAGGAGAAUAAGACGUCUAGAACAGGAAAAGCUUGAACUUAGUAGAAAACUGCAAGAGUCCACCCAGACAGUCCAGGCUCUGCAGUAUUCAACAGUGGAUGGCCCAAUAACAGCAAGCAAAGAUUUAGAAAUUAAAAGUUUGAAAGAAGAAAUUGAAAAGUUGAAGAAACAGGUAACAGAUUCUGGUCAGCUAGAACAGCAACUUGAGGAGGCCAGCGCUGCAAGGCGGGAGUUGGAUGAUGCUUCCAGACAAAUAAAGGCUUUUGAGAAACAGGUCAGAACGCUGAAGCAAGAGAGGGAAGAUCUUAAUAAGGAACUGGCAGAGUCUAGUGACAGAUUAAAAUCCCAAGCCAAAGAGCUGAAAGAUGCACACAGCCAGCGGAAAUUGGCAAUGCAGGAGUUCUCAGAGAUGAACGAGCGGCUGACAGACUUGCACUCUCAAAAACAAAAGCUUGCCCGCCAGCUCCGAGAUAAGGAGGAAGAAAUGGAAGUGGUGAUGCAAAAAGUAGAAAGUUUAAGGCAAGAGUUACGCAGAACAGAGAGACUUAAAAAAGAACUGGAAGUCCAAGCUGAAGCUGCAGCUGCUGAGGCAUCCAAAGACAGGAAAUUGCGAGAGAGGAGUGAACAGUACUCUAAACAGUUGGAAAGCGAAGUAGAAGGGCUAAAGCAAAAACAGGUUGGUCGCUCACCUGGGGUAAGCAGUAUAGAACACCAGCAAGAGAUCACUAAAUUAAAGGCAGACCUGGAGAAGAAAAGUGUUUUCUAUGAAGAGGAACUAUCUAAACGUGAAAUAAUACAUGCUAAUGAAAUAAAAAGUCUGAAGAAAGAACUACGGGAUGCAGAGAGCCAGCAGCUUGCCCUCAAGAAGGAGAUCAUGAUUUUGAAAGACAAGCUAGAGAAAACCAGAAGAGAAAACCAAAGUGAAAGAGAGGAAUUUGAAACAGAGUUCAGACAGAAGUAUGAACGAGAAAAGACUCUGCUAACAGAGGAAAACAAAAAACUUUCAAAUGAACUUGAUAAGCUCACCACCAUGUUUGAGAGGCUGAGUGUGAAUAACCGGCAGCUGGAAGAAGAGAUGAGAGACCUGGCUGAUAAAAAGGAGUCCGUGGCCCACUGGGAGGCCCAAAUUACUGAGAUCAUCCAAUGGGUAAGUGAUGAAAAAGAUGCUCGAGGUUAUCUUCAAGCCUUGGCCUCUAAAAUGACAGAAGAACUAGAGGCCCUGAGGAACUCCAGUUUGGGUGCAAGAGCUACAGACAUGCCCUGGAAGAUGCGCCGCUUUGCAAAACUGGAUAUGUCUGCAAGGUUGGAACUACAGUCUGCUCUUGAUGCUGAAAUCCGAGCCAAACAGGCUAUUCAAGAUGAGUUGAAUAAAGUCAAAGCUUCCUGUAUCUCUACAGAGUGUAAAUUGCAAGAAUCUGAGAAGAAGAACAUGGAACUGUUGACAGAUAUUGAAAGGCUGAAAAAGGAGACAGAAGAGCUUAGAUCAGAAAAGGGUGUAAAGCACCAAGACUCACAGAAUUCUUUCUUGGCAUUUUUGAAUGCGCCUACCUCUGCUCUGGAUCAAUUUGAAAUUGAUUCAGUUGAGAAUUUUACAUUGUCUAAUACUCCAUCACGGGAUGAAGAUAGCAAGUCUCAUCUCCAUUCAAGAUCAAGGUCUCCUUCUACAGCUAGUGAGAUUGAACCAAUCGAGGUUACAGAUCAUCCUCCCCGUUCAAUUCACACACCAACCAUGAGGACAGCAUAUAUUGGAUCGGGACUCUCUGCACCAAAGCCUAAAGCCCACCAGUUUGUAGUGAAAUCAUUUAAUACACCAACAAAAUGCAAUCAAUGCACAUCUCUGAUGGUUGGUUUGAUACGACAGGGCUGUACUUGUGAAGUAUGUGGAUUCUCUUGCCACGUGACCUGUGCAGACAAGGCUCCCGCAGUAUGUCCAAUCCCUCCCGAACAGACUAAGGGACCUUUGGGAAUAGAUCCGCAGAAAGGCAUAGGAACAGCUUAUGAAGGACAUGUCCGAGUACCAAAACCAGCUGGAGUAAAGAAAGGUUGGCAGAGAGCGCUGGCAGUGAUCUGUGAUUUUAAACUCUUCCUAUAUGAUGUAGCGGAAGGAAAAGCAUCCCAGCCCAGCGUGAUAGUGAGUCAGGUCAUAGACAUGAGGGAUGAAGAAUUCUCAGUGAGUUCUGUCUUGGCCUCAGACGUCAUCCAUGCAAAUCGAAAAGAUAUCCCCUGUAUCUUUAGGGUUACAGCUUCCCAGCUCUCUGCAUCCAGUAAUAAGUGUUCAAUCCUGAUUCUAGCAGACGGUGAGAAUGAAAAAAGCAAGUGGGUAGGAGUGCUGAAUGAAUUGCAUAGGAUCUUGAAGAAGAACAAACUCAAAGACCGCUCAGUCUAUGUUCCCAAAGAAGCUUAUGACAGUACCUUACCCCUCAUCAAAACAACACAGUCAGCAGCAAUCAUAGACCACGAAAGAAUAGCUCUGGGGAAUGAAGAAGGGUUAUUUGUUGUGCAUGUCACCAAAGACGAGAUUAUCCGUGUUGGUGACAACAAGAAGGUUCAUCAGAUUGAGCUUAUCCCAAAUGAACAGCUCAUUGCAGUAAUCUCAGGACGAAACCGUCAUGUGCGGCUUUUCCCUAUGGCUGCCCUGGAUGGAAGGGAGACUGAGUUUUAUAAGCUGGCAGAGACAAAAGGCUGUCAGUCAAUAGUUUCUGGACAUGUGCGCCACGGAGCUCUUACAUGCCUGUGUGUAGCUAUGAAAAGGCAGGUCCUCUGUUAUGAACUAAAUCAGAGCAAGAUACGUCACAAAAAGAUCAAGGAGAUUCAAGUCCAGGGGAAUGUCCAGUGGAUGUCAGUCUUCAGUGACCGUCUUUGUGUGGGCUACCAGUCAGGUUUCUUAAAAUACCCCCUUCAUGGAGAAGGCAGCCCAUACAGUCUGCUCCAUCCAGAUGACCACACGCUAUCAUUUAUCUCACAGCAGCCAACUGAUGCCAUCUGUGCAGUCGAAAUCUCAAAUAAAGAAUACCUGCUGUGUUUUAGCAGCGUAGGGGUUUACGUUGACUGCCAGGGCCGAAGAUCUAGACAACAAGAAUUGAUGUGGCCCGCAACUCCAUCUUCUUGCUGUUACAAUGCACCAUACCUCUCUGUGUAUAGUGAAAAUGCAAUUGAUAUCUUCGACGUGAACUCCAUGGAGUGGAUUCAGACUAUUCCUCUCAAAAAGGUACGACCCUUGAAUACAGAAGGAUCACUAAACCUUUUAGGCCUGGAGACAGUUAGAUUAAUAUAUUUCAAAAACAAAAUGGCAGAGGGCGAUGAACUGGUAGUACCUGAGACAUCAGAUAACAGCCGGAAGCAAAUGGUUCGAAACAUCAACAACAAGCGCCGCUAUUCAUUCAGAGUACCAGAGGAGGAGAGGAUGCAGCAGAGGAGGGAGAUGCUACGUGAUCCGGAAAUGAGAAAUAAAUUAAUUUCUAACCCAACUAAUUUUAACCACAUAGCACAUAUGGGUCCAGGAGAUGGUAUACAGAUUCUCAAAGACCUUCCAAUGCAGCCUGUCACCAAUUAACUGGCCGUACAGUCUGGCCUCCCUUCUGCCCUCUUGUCCCUUGAAGCCACUUUAUCGUGGAUGCUCCUUUGUAGUGAAGAUCUGAAAUCUGGAACUGCACUUACUGCAGCACAGACCACCUCUCUGUGUACAUCAGAUGUACAGGAUUGAUUUUGCUUUCAUAUUCUGCAUGCUUAAGUAUUUCACAUACAAAAGCUAGUCGUGACUGCCAUUAUAUUUGAACAUUAUGCUUCAGUUUGACCUCAUUAUACAUGAGCCAUUAUACCUCCAUUCUAGAUGAUGUGUGAAGCUUUGCUUGUUUGAAAUGAGAAACUUUCGGAGUAAAUGAAUACUUACCCAUAUCUGGUAUUCUUUAAAGAAAGUGGGAACCCCAUGCAUGCAGCUAAUGGUGGAGUCCAUGGAGAAAGUUCCAUGGAGGAUUGUUUUAAAAAUGUUGCCAUAUUGUGGCUUUCUCACAUUCAUAAAUGCUGGCUAAAUAUUUUCAUGGUCUGCAGUUGGCCUACCCUCUGCUUUUAUGCUUGUGAUUUAAGACACUCCCUUUUCUCCCUUAUUGGCUUUUAGGAACGUAGCUUUGCUGCCAGUUCUCUGUUGUGAGCAGGUAACUCAGCAAAGUCUGCUUUCCUGGACCAUUCUUGGAAUGGUGGCUUCUUGUACUGAUAUUUAGAUGCUGCUAAACUUACUAAUAACAAUUUCAUGUAUAUUAUGUCUUAUAUGCCAUAAUGUGGUAAUUGAUGUUUUGGUUAACAUGCAAAGCCUCAUAAUAAGCAUAUGUUAAAAAAAAAAAAAAAGUUGGAUUUCACCAGCUGAAAUGAAGAGAACAGUAACAAUAAUGUUUGAUAAUAUGUAUUGGGAUGUGACUUAAUGUUCUUCCAGACUUUAAUACGUUCCACAUACAAAAAGCAGUGCCUUAGGUUUAGCGGAGGGGUAAGCUGUAUUUUUACCAUAUUUUAUUUUUUUAAGUCCUAACAUUUCUAAUGUUACUCAGAUCUGUUUGUUUUAAGGUGAUGAAAUCAGUUGGACAAGGGGAAGAGAAGAUUAGAAGUUAGAAAUUAGAAAAGGCUUUCUGAUUUGCUGGUGGCCGUUGGGCAAACCAUCCCCUUGCAGGCUGAACAUGUACAGAUGGCACAGGGAGGGAGACCGAGCCUUGAAAUGCUCUUCCAUUAAAUCUGGAUUUAGAUGACUUUAAAUUACAAGAGCACUUGUGUUAGCACAUUCUGUAGAGGUGAAUUAGAAAUUGUUUCUGUUUAAUUUGCAGGAUUAUUUGUCCCCUCUCUUUCUUUACGUCACACUUUGGGAGCACAUUGCUCAGCUGACCUAUUUAAAACAUUUGAAUUUCCCAGUACUUUUGCACCUUAUCUGCUAAGGGCCUAGUCUUCUGCAGCGCAGAGACGGCAGUGCAAAGUCUCUUCAUCACUAAAGCGCUGUGAGGAUUAAGUUAGUGUGCAGAAGGACAUAGGCCUCGUGUCAUCUGUCUACAGCAGAGUAAAUUGUCCCAGGUGUCUGACACUAACCAGUUCACCUUCCCACCAGACCUGUGUCCCUGUCCUGUCGAAACACUGUUCCCUCCCGUUGGAAAUACUCUGUGUUUGUUGUACGGGUGAUACUUAAUUUUAAUGGAAUUGCUAAAAUGCAUGAAUAACAGAAGGACAUCUCUUAAGACCUUUAACUGUUGUGUAUUCUCAUCUUUUCUUCUCCCCACACCAUCUCACCUGUGUUCACCUUCCUUUGUUUGUGUUAUGUCUAUUUUAGAUUGUAAGCUCCUCAAGGCAGGGAACUGAUGCUUCUCAACUGUCUGUAAAGCACCUUUCACAACUGCGGUG